AUGUUUGGAGUCAAAGAUGCUAUAUUUAAGAUCAAACGUUCCCUUGCGGGUACAGAUUCUUCUGAUUCCACUGCGUACACAACAGCAAGUGAAUCUUCGCCUCAAUUAAAAGAUUCCCAUAACCCCUUUCGAAAUAAGACAACAUCCAAGAGACCUAUAGUUGAGGAAUGUUCUCUACCACCAGUAAGAUUGAAUGGCUACUUACCCUCAACUAAAAACAAACUUCUUACACCUGAAAUGUGCGAUGAAAUAAGAACUUUAAUGCCCACAAGGAUACAGUUGUACACCGAGUGGAACCUCCUAUACAGUCUUGAGCAACACGGAUCUUCAUUGCAUUCCCUGUAUAGUAAUGUUGCUCCAGAUAGCAAGGAAUUUAGAAGAGUGGGGUAUGUAUUAGUAAUCAAGGAUCGUAAAAAUGGAAUCUUUGGAGCUUACAGUAAUGAAGCUUUUCAUCCUAACGAACAUAGGCAAUACACGGGGAAUGGGGAAUGUUUUUUAUGGAAGCUGGAUAAAGUACCUGAUGUUAACAUAUCUGAAAAGGAGGGAUUUGAGCAAGAAGGUAAAGAGGAGAGAUGGAGGUUCUCAGGUUAUCCUUACACUGGAGUUAACGAAUUUGCUAUAUACUGUACAUCUGAAUUUCUCUCAAUGGGUGCAGGUGAUGGUCAUUAUGGCCUCUUGUGCGAUGAUGGCCUACUCCAUGGCGUAUCAAACCCUUGUCAAACGUAUGGCAAUGAAGUCUUGAGUAAGGAAGGCAACAAAUUUUCUAUAGUAGCUUUGGAAGUAUGGCGUGUAGGAUAA